AGUUUGCAACAGUGCUCGAGGAGGGGGUAUGUUGAAGAAGUAACGCAAGCAAGUGCCUGGUGACGAGUCCGGAAAGAACCUAUAUUCGACGAAAUGAGCGCGACGCAGUGUUGCGUACUGCUGCUGCUGGUGGCGGCAGUCAGCUGUGGCCAUGCGUACGACGUGGAGAAAGCGACCCGCCUGGGACGAGUCGGCGGAAAUCGUCUGGACGUACUGGGGAAAAAGGUGGACGAGUACCGCGGCAUCCCAUUCGCACAGCCACCCGUAGGCCGGCUGCGAUUUCUACCACCCCAGCCAGCCAAGCCUUGGGAAGGAAUCCUGGACGCAACGAGCAGACGAACUGCUUGCCCGCAGGUCGUUAUUAGCAAUGUCAUGACCGGGGAGAUCAAAUACACCGAAGACUGCUUGCACCUGAACAUCUGGAGUCCUGCUGCUCGCAGCGAAGAUCUAGUGCCGGUAGUUGUAUGGGUUCACGGAGGCGGCUUCACGCAGGGGUGCGCCAGCUUCGACAACUACACCGGGGCUGUACUUGCUGCCAAGACUGGCCUAGUUGUUGUCUCAAUGAAUUACCGUCUGGGAAUACUGGGUUUCCUUGACGCGAACAGCCCAGAAGCACCCGGCAACAUGGGUCUUAUGGAUCAGAGUCUCGCCCUCAAGUGGAUCCAGGAUAAUAUCCAUGAGUUCGGUGGUGACCCGUCAAGAGUGACUAUAUUAGGAGAGAGCGCUGGCAGCAUGAGCGCCCACGCGCACAUGCUUUCUCCCAUGAGCCGUGGCCUCUUCCACAGGGCGUAUAUGAUGAGCGGAACAAUGCACACCCCAUACUUCUUUGAUGCCACCCAUGAGAGCAUAAGCAAAGGCGACACAGUUGCCACCGUUGUAGGCUGUGGAGGUGGGGACCGCAGCCUGGCAUCUAACGCAGAAUCCGUGAUCGACUGCCUCAGAACAAAGAGCGCCGAUGAAGUCGUGCUCGCCGCAUCCGAAGCCUUUUCGCCCAACGUAUUUCCAUUCUUGCCGACCUACCACAACGAAUUUCUGCCCAAGGUGCCUAUUGUCGCAAUUAGCAAGGGAUUCUUCCAUACUGUCGACAUCGUCCUAGGUGUAACCGAAGACGAAGGAGUAUUCGCACUCAUGUAUCCCCUUAAAAGUGAACUGCAUCCAGAUGACGUAGAAGGCCUUGACGAGGAGAUGUUGAAGCAUUCUCUCCACGAAUGCGUAGCCUCAUGGCUCAAGAUGGACUUUCCGGAGAUGCUGAAGAAGUAUACAGCCGAGGCCCAGGGCAAAGCGUCCUUGAGGCGCGGCUACAUUGACUACAUUUCGGACUCUGUCUUCGUUUGUCCCAUGCACAUGACGGCAGAAAAGCACUCGGACCGUGGUCAAACAGUGUAUUCUUACGUCUUUGGUCAUAAAUCAGCUAAGAACCCGCUUCCUACCUGGAUGCGAACACCGCACGUUUUCGACAUCAACUACAUCUUCGGAGUUCCUCUCAUUGACCAGGAACGCUUCGAUGCUGAAGACGCUGCUGUGUCAGAAGUUGUACUGACGGCGUUGAAGACCUUUGCUGCGACAGGGGUACCAGAGCUACCUAUGGAAAAGCCGUGGCCCAAGUACACCACCGACAAUCCGGUUUCCGUGUAUAUCGACUACGAGAAUAUCACCGAUAUCAAAGGCUUCCGCAAAGAACAAUGUGAACCUUGGAGAUCUUACUUAUAGUCUGACGAAGCCUUUCAAUAGCAUCAAAGAAUGCUUGCGAUCUUGCAUCAAGAAGGAAUGUUUACUAUGUCGUGCUGACUGGGGGGGGGGGGGGUAACCACA